AUUGUUCGACAUCUUUCAGUUUGAGUUUUGUUGUUGCGUGAAUUUGUGGAAUUUUUGUCUGCCGGUAAUUUCUCCCAAUUACACGUCUCCACGUACCAAAUAGAUAAAUAGUCUGCUCAACCAAGUGGCCUUCUGACUUCCGGUGCAGCUGAGACGCGAAAAAGAGGCGAACGGACUUCCGGACACAAUGCGGCGUGCCGUGGUGGCUUUCCUGCUCUUGGGCAUUAUCCUUGUCUCCGGGCAGGGGACAGAUGAUGCCUUCGAUGACGAUGUGGUUGUUUCCACGGAAGAAGAUAGCCCCGAUCAGGUUGCUGAAGAUGAGAGCAUCCUGUAUGAAUCUCCAAAGGCAACUCCGGGGAAAUUCUACUUUGCCGAGCACUUUGACAAUUUGGAUGCUUUCGGGAAGCAGUGGAUCAAGUCUCAGGCAAAGAAAGAUGAUACAGCGGAGGAGAUUGCAAAAUACGAUGGUGUUUGGGAAGUUGAAGCACCACAACGGCCAAUUUUGAAGCAAGAUUUGGGUUUGGUGCUCAAAUCAAAGGUGAAACAUGCCGCAAUUGCUGCUCGUCUCACGAAACCCUUUGUGUUCAAGGAUAAACCACUCGUUGUGCAGUAUGAGGUGACAAUGCAGGAAGGGCAGGAAUGUGGGGGUGCCUACAUAAAGCUCCUUUCUGCCGGGAAGGAGACCAACGAUCUCUCACAGUUCCGAGACAAGACACCCUAUACGAUUAUGUUUGGCCCAGACAAAUGUGGCAAUGACAUCAAGCUUCACUUCAUAUUCAGACACGUUAAUCCACUUAAUGGUAGCAUCACGGAGAAGCACUGCCGCAAGUCAAAGGAUCGCAUUGAGGAGCCAUUUAGAGAUAAGCAGCCACACUUGUACCAAUUGAUUGUACGUCCGGAUAAUACAUUUGAAAUUCGCGUUGAUCACAAUAUUGUCAAUGAGGGCUCCCUGUUGACGGACUUUACACCCCCGGUGAAUCCUCCGCGUGAAAUUGAUGACCCCACGGAUAUUAAGCCCUCAGAUUGGGAUGAGCGUGAGAAGAUCCCGGAUCCGGAUACACAGAAACCCGAUGAUUGGGAUGAGGAAGCCCCCCCGCAGAUACCCGAUGCGAGUGCUUCAAAACCCGAUGGGUGGCUCGAUGAUGAGGAUGAGAUGAUACCCGAUCCCAAUGCCGUGAAACCCGAUGAUUGGGAUACGGAUAUGGAUGGGGAAUGGGAGGCACCUCUUGUUGCCAAUCCCGUGUGUGAGAAGGCGGUUGGGUGUGGGGUGUGGAAGGCACCGUUAAUUUCAAAUCCCAAUUACAAAGGAAAAUGGCGAGCACCGUUGAUUGACAAUCCGAAUUAUCAGGGAAAAUGGGCACCGAAAAAAAUUCCCAAUCCCGACUUCUUUGAGGACCUCAAUCCAUUCAGGAUGACCACAAUAGCAGCCGUGGGUAUUGAACUGUGGUCCAUGUCUAGUGACAUCCUAUUUGACAACAUCAUCAUCACGGAUGACACUGUGGCAGCGGACCAAUGGGCAGCACAGACGUAUGAUCUGAAGAGGAAGCAAAUUGACCGAGAGGCGGAUACACUGUGGGAUCGUGCAAUGAAGUCGAUGAAUUACAAACCAGGAUGGUGGAUUAUGUACUUCAUAUACUGCCUAAUACCAAUUUCCAUUUACGGAUGGUACCUCUGUCGUCGGUACCAUUCAGCAAGUUCAGAGGUAUUUUUCUCCAUUUGCAAUGACAUAGUUCUUUCUAUGCUUUGCCACCCCGUGCGUUGAAUUACUUUCUAGCUCGAAAAAAAUUGUGCUAGAUGCUAUUCAAAGUAAGACAAGAAGGGAUGCUCGUAGUAUAGGUAUUCACUGUAGAACAGAAUGGUAAAGAAUAUUGUUAAAAGCUUUCUUAUUCUCCUGUCGAUUUGAUACCUCAUUGUGUAUAAUUCCACCAUCACAGUGUUAUGCGUUGAAACAGCAGAAUCGUUAGUAAAAUAGCCUAAUUUUAAGCCGCAAAGUGAAAAAAAUGUUUAAAGUUAUUUUAAAAAUGUUUCAUGAUGAACAUUUCAUUAAUCAUUUGUUGAAGAAUAAAAUAAAACAUUUUUAUGCGAUCUAGCGACGUUUUGAUUUUACUUUCUUCUUAUGAUUCUGUUAAAUUUUCCGAAAUAAUUCGAAAUAUGAAUAAAUUAUCUUCAAGAAAAUAUCUUUGACAGACUUUCUGAUAAAAACUAAGCCUGAAGAAUGAGAAUAAGUUUGUCGAAACAUCGCUAGAAAUCAUUCUAAGGAUGCCUUUUAACUUUAAAUAUAUUUAAUCAACUUCUUCAACAUAGAGAGGAUGUGUAGGACGGUAUAUUUUCUCAAGAACGUUAGUCAAAAAUCAGUGGAUAAUUUUAAACAAAUUCUUACAAUUUUGAUAAGAGCUUUUGACGCUUUAGGAGAGCUCUUAGAAAUGUUGCAAGCUCUGAUCAAAAUUAUAAGGAUUACCUUGAACUGUAAAUCAUUGAUCCUUGGCUAAUUCUCCCAAAAGGAUAUAGCGUUCUACACAAUCCUUCCUACAAAAUCUGGCGAUUCUCAACCAGGAUUCUUAAACGGUCAGCAGUCGUUAAAUUAAAAAAAAGACCUAAUUUUUUACAUAGAGAGUCAAUUAAUAAAAUAAGUUAUUUUUUGUCUUAUCCUAAUUAAAAAAAAAUCAUACGACAUUUUAGAGAAGCUUUAACACUUUCCUCAAAAGAAUAUAUUGUGAAAUUAUUCUCUCUUUCUCUAGAUUAAUUGAGCAGGAGACCGCGUGCAAUCACAGGAUAAUUUUUUUUUCAAUUGAAUAAUCUGUCAGGUAUUCUGGUUAAAAUUUUUGUAUUUUAGCCCUUAAUUAAAUAAGCCUUAAAUACAAAAUUUUAACCAUAAAAUUUGACUGAAAAUCGUUGGGUGAUUUUUGGAAUCGUUUUACAUUUAUCUGACUGAAAAUCUGGUUAAAAAAAUCUUUUUCUCGAUAAUUUCAUACCUGAGGAUGGAGAUAAAUAUCUCCGAAACGUCGUAAAACAGAAAGAAGAUAAAUUGAAGUUUUAUUCAAUUUUCUAAAAGAAUGAAUUGAAAAAUAAAACUUGAAAAUUUUGAGUAAAUUCUGAUAAAAAUCUUUUCUUUUCUUUUCUAAAACCUUAAAACCUGCUGUAAGAUUUUGACAGAUAGAGUUUUCAAAUCGUUCUGUCGUCAUUCUAUAAAAGAAAACCAAAAAAUUAAUUGUUCUAGAAAAUAAUAAUAAUAAUAAUAAUAAUAAUAAUUUUAUUUCAAACACAAUAUAGGGUCAUGCCCUCUCACAUGUGCGUGGCAGGUGGGAAAAAAAAAAGAUUAAAGAGAGAAAAAAAAAAUUAUACAAAAAAAAAAGUUUUACAGAGAAAUUUAAAAAGAAAAUAGAAAAGAGAAAAAUAAAGAAAAAAAAAGACAAAACAUCAGUGCCCAGACUGAAAGUGCCUUUUUAGUGCGUUCAUGGAACGGCGGCAGUCACGCGGUAGCGCAUUGUAGAGGGAGACGCCCUUUACAAAGAGCGUCCGAUAAAAGCAUUCAAACUCAGCCCUCGGCACCAAGUAUCCCUGAACCCUGGCAGAACCCCCCCUUGUCAAAAGAGAGGACAGGUAUUCUGGGGUUUCGGUUUCAAUUAGGCGAUGCAAGAAAAUCAGGGCACGCAUCUGGAGGUACGAUUCAAGAUCGCAGCCUGCAAACGCGUCCCUGAAAGGUGAAAUGUGAUCGCGAGGUCCAAGUCCGUGAAUGUACCUGACACAAUUAUUAAAUGCUACUGUUAAACGACGGAUUGUGUCACGAUCCGCGUUAAAGAAGAGCUCUGCUCCAUAGCGAAAGAAUGGCAGAAGUAGCGCUCGUGCAAGAAGCAGGCGAGUGUCAGUAGGAGUGAUGUUCCGGUAGCGUCUUAGGGUAUAUAAGGAAUAGUUGACCUUUCGGCAAAGGGCAGUUGCAUGAUCAGACCAGGUCAAAGUCGAAUUAAAGACGAUUCCCAGGUUUUUAACCUGAUCAGCAACAGGAAUAAUUUCUCCGUAAAGGAGUAGAGGUAAUGAAGUGAAAUUUGCAGAUUUCUUAGAGAAAAUUAUUGCCUGCGACUUCUUGGGAUUGAGAAUCAACCCAUUUGAAGAAGACCAGUGCUCAACUCUUUGGAGGUUUUCAUUCAUUAUUUGGAAGGCAGAGUGGGAGUCGAGUGUAGAUCCCUCAGUAUAGAUUUGCAGAUCGUCUGCAUAAAGGUGGUAGGAACAGUUGCGCAGGACAGAAGGAAGAUCAUUAAUAAAUAAAGAAAAUAGUAAGGGACCGAGAAUGGAACCCUGACCUAUGCCUUUAGUCAGUGAACCAGGAGGAGAUAAUUCAUCUCCAUAUCUUACAAUUUGAGAACGCCCGCUGAAGUAAGAGCGGAUUAGUGAAAUGGCAUUUGAGGAAAAUUUGAAGAGUUUAAACAGUUUAAAACAAAUAAGAUCAUGCGGCAAACUAUCAAAAGCUUUCGUGAAAUCUAGCAACACUAAAACCACGAAGUGGUUGCGAUCGAUAGCUGACGCAAUGUCAUGAUUUACCUUAAGUAGUGCAGAAGUGGUUCCGUGGCCAGCACGAAAACCAGACUGGAAGUCACAAAGUAGCCUGUUGCUAUUGAGAUAGAGGGUCAUCUGCUCAUGGAGCAGAAAUUCGAAAGCUUUAGAAAGAACAGGGAGAAGGCUGAUAGGCCGAAAAUCAGAAGGUGCAACAGGAUUAGAAAUUUUUGGUAUAGGUACAACCAAGGCAGACUUCCAGAUUUCAGGAAAAGUCGACGUAGUAAUAAUAUGAUUAAAUACAUCAGUGAGCACUGGUAAUAUUACCGGGAGAAGAAUUUUAAUGAAAGUAAGGGAGACGCCAUCACUCCCCACUGCAUCAGACCUGACACGGGAAAUAGCGUAAGCUGCAUUAACUUGAGAAACACAGCGGAAGCUAAAACCCUCCCAGGGAAUGGAUGGAAGAUUGGGGCAUUCAACCACACCUCCGUGUGAAGCGGAACAGAAGAAGGUGUUAAGAACACCUGCGGAGAUAGUGGGAGUAGUAGAGGCACUAAUAGAAGGGCGCAGGCCCAAUUUCUUUAUAUUGCCCCAUAGUUUCUUAGCUGGUAGUUUAGCAUCAAGAUUUUUAUUUAAAUGCUUUUUCUUGGCUUUAUUCUUUAACGCACACACUCGAUUUCUCAAUCGGCAAUAACGUUGACGAUGUGAAGGAAGACCAGAUCGCUUCCACUUUUUCCAAGCAGCGUCGCGGCGUUUAGCCAUCGAGACAAUGGAUGAAUUAAUCCAUGGAGUAGAGAGAGGUGGGAUAAGCACCCGCUUCUUGGGGACCACACUCUCAAAAAUUAAAUUCAAUUUGUCAGUUAGAAGAGAGGUUUUUUUAGAAGCACAAGGUUCUAGAUAAAGAGGACUCCAGUCCAUGGAGAAAGAAUAAGACAGUGCUUCAUUCUUGUCACAGUUUUUAAUAUCUGCAACAAUUCGGUAUUUAGCUUUAGGCCGGGGGAGCCGAAAGUUAUACGAAGCGAAGAUUAGAUCAUGAUCAGAAAUGCUAGGUAGAGGAAUCUGACCAAAAUGCAAGAGUUUUUGCUCAUCACUGCAAGGAAUGAUCAUAAGAUCCAAAAGAGAAUCCACGCGAGUUGGAUUAAAUUUCACGUGGAGCAGUGAAAGGGAGGACAGAAGUCCAAGAAAACGAGCGCUGAUGCUAGAGUUACUUACAAGAUUUAUGUUGAAGUCACCCAUGAUUAUAAGAUUAUCAUAGGAAAGGGCACAGUCAAGCAGUCGUUCAAUGCUUUCUAGAUUUCUUACAGGAGGAGGUAGAUAUGAGCAAAAGACAGUACUGCUGACACCAUUAGCCGCAAAAGAAAUGCCAAUGUACUCUAAAGCAUCAAAUUUGCCGGAGCAAAGCAAUGAACAUUUUAGGGAAUCACGAACAUAGAUCCCCACGCCACCACCUCUACGACCCUCACGGUCGCACCUAAAUAAUUGGAAUCCCCGAACACCCACGGCCUCCGCCGAGUCGGAGGAGUCCAGCCAAGUCUCAGAGACACAUAGGAUAGAAAGAGCUGAGUCAAAAAGAAGUAGGCGAAUUUCAUCAAUGUGCCGCCGAACGCUACGGGCAUUCAUAUGUGCAAUAAUAAGAGAAAAACGUGAAUCAGUAGUAAGUUGUUUGAAAGAAAUUAUGGUUUGAUCAGAAAUUUUAGAAUCUUGUAAAUUUUCAAUCUGGGCUGAUGUGGAUGAGAAUAAGUCUGCAUCCCCAAAAUUUAUUUUAAGAUAAUCAUGAAAGUUAAAGCUAGAAUUAAUGCCACUAUUGAGGGAUGACCCGCAGAAUAGCGAGUGAUGAAGAAGUCCAGGGUCAGGCAGGUCGUCAUCUUGGGAAGCAACCAAUGGGAUCACGGAGUACUCACCGGACAUCCUGCCCGUCGCCAUCUUUGGAGACAACAUCUUCUCCUUGCUCAUCCGGGACUCCAGACCCACCAGCGGGCGCGACUCCAGCGGCACCAUCAUUCUCCCUAGGCUGGGCAGAAGUUCCGGGGACCGCAGGCGCUGUCUUUCGUCUCGGACGAAAAAGAAACUCCUUCACCAGGAUGCCAGAAUCCCAGAAAUCAGGUUGAAGCGCCUCGUCGAACUCUUCGGGCAAGAGCUCAACGCGAAAGGAUCCAAUACGACGCGUGGAGUCCUCCGGAGGGAUGAGAUUCACACAUCGAGGACGACGCCCUGAGGAAAGGGUACCCUCGAGACGAUUGCAUAAUUGAUCAGCGGUAACACUUCUCGCCAAUCGAGUCACGAAGAGCCAUCGAUAUGAGGGCACAGUUGGUAGAGCAUUCUCAGGUUUAGCGCGCCCCACCACAACCGGACGGCGCACAGGACGUCCCGCCUCACGCUCCGGACGUACGUAGUCCCUCACGGCACGCGCAGGGUGAUUUUUUCCACCAACAUCCAGAUUGGGAUUUUCCGAGGGCCCCUGAGGCACGCCAGCAUCCGGCCUUGGAAGGGCACAACGAGCAUUUCCAGGUAAAGACUUCUCCGCAGAGGCAUCAAAAAGAUCGCGGCCUCCAACAGGCCAAAAGAGAGAUCUUCCGGGCAUUGAGUUGCGAGGCGAGGAAUGAAAUGGCACAGAAUUCUUGGACUCCAAAGCAGAAACCCUUGCUGUGAGGGCUCUAAUCAGACUGUGCAGGGCCUCGUUUUCCGUCUCCAAGCACCCACACCUGGUUCUAAGGAUCUCAAUUUCCUUCUGAAAAUCCACAGGUGCUGUAGCUCCAGCAGUUCCUGUAGCGUUCAUCACGCGCGUCGCAUCGCAAACUCCACCGUCGCGGGCGACGCAAUCAGCACACACCCAAUCGAAAGUGCCACUUUCAUGAUCCCUAAUCCUCUCAUUUGAAAGCGGAGGAUCGAUGCAGGCACCGUGAAACCAGCGGUCACAUCCUCCUCCACACUUUAUCCCAGGAAAGAAUUUCAUAGAAAUUCUCUUCUUGCACAUCUCGCAUGCCCCGGGCGAUGCCCGCGUGGGGAUCAUAUUGAGGCCGCGUUGAACUAUGGCACGGCACUGUACUCCUCAGCCAAGCAAUCGACGAGAGAGCGUAUGAAGAAUCCCCGCGAGUAAAAGCGAGAUGAAUAUAGCGACAGCAGUGGUGACGUCACUCAAGAUAUGACUGGCGAUUCUUAAAGCACGAGGUACCGCAAUUUUCAAGAAAUCCUAUGCUCCAGAGCACUUGAGCAUAAAAUCCACACCACAAUAAUGACACACGUUGUUCAAUGGUCACUACUGAUAAACUAUAGUAGGGGUAGAAUCCCCGAAACUAUCGAUAAUUCGAUAAAAUAAGGCACAGAGAAAAUAAACAGUCAAAAGUAGAUGACAGCUCUCUCUCAAAUUCAGUCAGAAAGAACUUUAAAGAGCCCUGAAAAGGUUAUUUUCUUUCAGAAACCAGUUUAAAGAAAGAAAUAAAAUGUCAAAAUCUAAUAAUUUUUUUUCCAAAAUACUAAAAAUCUCUUAACUGACGAAUUGUAAGGAAAGAAAAGAAAAGAUUUGUAUCAGAAUUUACCCCUUCAUAAAUAAAUUUUCUUAUAGCUUUACGUUAA